AUGAUCUUCCUGAAACUUCACUAGCAAACUAGUGGAUAUAUAUCUGUUCUGAGUAUACUAGCUAGCCAUCACCUGAAUUUGUUCCAUGAGUAACUUGGAUAUGCUUCCUUUCCAGUCUUCUUUUUGCUUUAAAAAAUCAAUAGAGAUUGUUGUAUUUGAAGGUUUUUGGGAAAUUCCUUUCGGUCUAGGACGUGGAGUAUUUAUAACAAUGUUAAUAAGUUGAAGUCACAUUGUGCUCCUUGUAAGCAUCAUCAUUGAUACUAUCUUCAUUUAUCAUCACCUUGUUUCUAGAGUAUACUACACUUUAUGUGUCCGCCAUGGUUGAUUCCCCUGAUUUUCUGUCAACAUUUUCAAUGCUCUAUAAGGCUAAAUGGAAAAUAUGUUCUGAUGAAAGAAAGAAGGUGAGCAAGGGGAACAUGAAAACAGUAGAUUCAUUUCCUGUUCUUCUGAUAGUUUAAUUAUGUGAUUCAGUUUGUGUUUUCUGUACUAUCUCUUCCUUCCGUUCUCCAACCCUCAACAAUGAGGAACAGUGCCUUUGUUCUUCUAAGUUGGUUAUUUACUAGAUUACUUUAGCAUUUUUCAUGAUCUUGUAUGAGCAUGCACUCCCUUGUUCCAAAAAUGUCAUCCAGCAGCAGUUAGAAUCAUUUGGACUUCUAAAUUGCUUGUGAGCAGUUCUUAGAAUGUUAGACUUGGGUUGUCUGUCCAUAUCUCCAAUGAUUCUGUGCUAUAUAUGUCCCUGUUUUAUUCUGUAUUUUUUGUUUUUUCGUUUUUUAGUAAACAUGAUCAAAUUCUAAUCCUUGCGGCAUAUGUGACUAUAUUUAGGAUUAAGAAACCUGCAUUGCCUAGCUAGGUUAUCAAGGGCCAUAUAUGUUUAGGGUAUAUUUGAUUUGAGGGAAAUGGAAGCAAGGGGAUGGAAAAUCUUCAUCCAAUCAAAAUUAACACGUUGGGUUAAAAUCUUAAUUUGAUUGGAUGAAAAAUUUUCCCUCCUCUCUUUUCCACUUCUCUUAAACCAAAACAUACCUUAGAGUUUGAAGGUAAAGAGUUAAUGUUGCCUUGAUCAUAUUUAAGGACUUGUGCAUGAUUUAUAUUUAGUAUAGUAUAUGUUUUUGUGAACAUGUCUUUAAUAGUAACACCAUUCAUUCACUGCUUAGGCUUUUCAGAUGUAAUGUUAUGUGAUUGUUGUGACAACAUCUAACAUUUGUAUGUUAGAUUAGAAUUGUUCUUGUUGUUAAUAUAUAAUAAUCUUGUAUAUUGUGGAAACAAAGAGAGAUUUGUAUUUGGGUGGCCAUGUAAAUAGUUGUGCUGAACUCCUCUCUUGCUUUUACUGAAUAUUAGUCAUGUAAUGUUGCUCCAUCUCUAUCUUACAACUUAAUUUCAUUGUAAUGUCACUCCAUUCCAUUGUUCU